AUGUGCCACGGACACCCUCACUACCAUCCCUGCUCUCACACAUCGGUCAAAUGGCUGUACUGUCCGGAAGCCAUGUUCGAUCUGGACACGGGAUAUGAGACACCCUGCUCGAACCCGAUCUACUCAACACCGCAGCCAACCAACGUCGACUGUCCCCUGCAGAACUGCAACUUCAAGGCCCUAAUGGGGAGCUGGAUUUGCUGCGUCUGCGGGAAAGGUCCCAAUACUCAGGGGUGGUGCACCUCAUUAAGCCGCAGGACGGACUGGAAUCCCCUAACAAGAAAAGUUGAGGAGAUGGAAAUGCCUUGUGGGCAUGGUUGCUGCAGCUCAUGCAGCCCAUCCUGUGAGGCGACGUCGCGAGGCGUGAGUCCGGAAAUAUCGUUCGCCGAAGUUCGAAAAGGGAAGAGUAGCCGCAAGGCUCACCAUACCGCGCGAGGCUCCGUACACAAGCGAGGGACAGCGUACGACUUCAGCCACAACAACAUGAGUCGUCCCGCCGUGUCAGAUGAAAACGAACCAGCCACUUCGUCAACAACUUCAAACUCUCGAGGAUCCCGUCGACUAAGCCACGACACGAGCGCUGAAUAUUCGAAGAAGCCAAAAAUAACGAACGGGAAGAAGAAAUCACACAACAAGGGCCGCAUCCAUCAUUGA